AUGAGAAUUGCUGAAAGUGCCAAGAAUUGCUACAAGGAUUUCACUGAAGCAAAUAUGAGAAGCAAAAGAAGUGAUGGUUAUUCACCUUGCUGCCAAUGGAGAAGCCCAACCUCCAAUUUUAUUAAGGUCAAUUUUGAUGCUAGUUUUAAGGCAUCAAACAACAAUGGAGGGGUGGGAGUUGUGUUAAGAGACUUUGAAGGAUUUGUGGUCGGUGCAGCAGCUUUGAAAUUGCCAGUUGUAGCAAACACUGCUACUGUGAAAGCUAUUGUAGCUGUCAAAGCCAUUGAAACAACUAUUGGCAUGGGAUUUUCUUAUGUUAUUUUCGAAGGUGAUGCAAGAGUGAUUAUGAAAGGAUUGAUUAGUAAAGAAGAAGACUUUUCCGAGAUUGUACCAAUUCUUGACAAGGCCAAAUCCUUGCUGCAACAAUUUGAUAAGUUUCAUAUCAACCAUACGCGACAAGAAGGCAACAAGGCUGCCCAUGAGCUUACAAAAUUUAGCAGUACUCUUGAUAACGAUUUGUAUUGGAUUGAGGACUAUGCUGCUUGUAUCCACCAAGCUAUUUUGGAUGAUGCUGUCAAUCUCUAA